AUGAAGGUCGGCAAGCCCAAGUCCAAGCGCGUGUCCGUCCGCCUGCGCCACAAGAUCGAAAAGGCGUCGUCGAACAAACAACGCAAGCAACGCAAAGAAGCGAAGAAGAACCCACAAUGGCGAUCGAGAUUGAAGAAGGAUCCGGGCAUUCCGAAUCUGUUUCCUUACAAGGAUAAGGUGCUUGCAGAGAUUGAGGAGAGUAAGAGGAAGAAGGAAGAAGAGCAAGUGAGAAAGAGAGAGGUUGCGAGGGCGCAGAGAGAGGGGCGGAAGGUGAAGGUGGGAGAGGAGCAGGAGAAAGUUGUGGAGAAUGAGGACGAGGAGCUGCCUGACCCAGAGGAUAUGGAUGAUGUUGAGGAAGAUGACGAUGAUGAGAUGGAGGAGGAUACAGACCCCAUGGCUGCAUUACUUGCGUCUGCGCAAGCGCGGGCGCAGAAGUAUCAGAAGGAAGACGAGGAUGAAGAGGACGAUGAAGAAGACGAUGAAGAAUUUCAAGGACUAGACGCUACCAAGUCAAAGUCUGCUGCGACAACACAGCAGCCUACAAAGAAGAUACUCCCGAAACAGGCGCUUGAAGAUCCUAUCAAGGGCGUCACCGCUCUUAUCGAGCGUCUGGAAAAGACACAAGAAGGUAUUCAGCAGCUUCUGGACUACUAUCAACUCCCGCCGCUCGUCACUGCAGGAAGUGACACGACUACUCGCUUUCUCGUGGACGUAGCGCGGAAACGUGGUAGACUGUCACGUGGUGGUGUGCCAAACAUGCACGCAGCCGCCCUGACAGUCCUCGGCGAUCUUAACGAAGAACGAUUGAAAUUGCCGGCCUUGCAGCAACUGCCGCCGCAGACUACGAACGCCGCAACGAACAAGGGAGAAGUUCAGAUCGUGUCUCAAAUGGCACAACCGUUCCGCAUUGAGGGGUUGUUCGGGAAUUCAUUACAACAAGGAACAGAAGCAACAGAGGUGGAGAUGGAAACCACAUGA